CUUCACUCCUCUAUCAUCCAUCCGACUCUCGUCCCAGUCCAUCCAGCUUCAGCAACUGCGCGCGUGUACGACACUAAGGCCGUGCGAACAGCAGCUAGCUCUGUACGAUAGGCUUCAUCGCAACAUGGAGAGUUACGAGCCUGUUACGUACUACACUUUAGCUGACACUCUCAAGCCGAGGAUAUAAGCAAGUAGGAGUUCUAGCACCCCGGGACCCGGGCCAGAUGGGGGACCACACCAUCAUAAAGUGAUGUUCUGACAGAGACAUCAAUGACUCAGUUACUUUGUGCCUUGUGUUAUAAAAAAGUGUAAUAAUACAGAAAAUAUGGAUAACAAUAUAUUAACUAUUAGACGGGUAGGCUUAGUUAUAAGUAUACUAGCCUUCCAACUCUAUCUGGUAGUACCUGAAACAGAUAAACACAACUUCAUCCUAAACGCAGGGGUUGUACCAGCACGUGACGUAUUGCCCUCGUGGAUAGACAUCGUGAAUACCUCGCUUCUCCACCAAAACAUGUCCGUCCCCAUUGCUGUCCUAGACCUCACCAUAGCCGACCACAGGUCACAGUACGACAAAAUGCUCAAAGCUAUGUCUAAACUAACGAAAAACAGUGUCCACGUGGUGUUAGGCCCGUAUGACGAUGCGAUUGCCAUGGUAACAGAGAAACUAGGAAUCCCUUACCUUUCUACAACGGCGGUAACGAAAAGCAAACUCAAUACCACCUUUCAAAUUCUGCCACGUCUAUCAGAUUUCGGACAGUCAAUUCUUGACAUCGUCAAUUUCUACAAAUGGGAAAAGGUCAGCCUGUUCUACGAUGACGACAAAGGUGUGUCCAUUAUUGAAAAACUAUUGACCAAUCACGAUCUGGUAGUCAAGUCCUGGCGUGUGGAUCAAUUGCGUGGCACAGCGCAGAUAAGGGAACAUCUCGUGCACAUGCGCAGAGCCUUUGGACAGAAAAGCGUCCUUUUUUGCAGUAAAGAGAAUACCAGGAACAUAUUGGAACAGGCACGGAGUCUGGCUAUGCUGUCGACGCCAUACGAAUGGUUCUUUUACGAUCCCGGUGAUCAACUGAAUGAUGUGUUCAACGACUUCCCUGAGGUCACAGUGAACUUUACCAUGUUCGGUUUGGUGAACGAUUCUAUGGGCCCUAAUCUUGGACUGACCGAGGACCGUUUAAUCUGGUCUUUAGCCAUGGACGCGUCAUCUCUGGUCCGGUUCGCCGUUGAUAGUCUGACGAAUUAUUCCGUACCGGAAGUGAGAACAAGUCUAGUGGAUGCUAUCAAAGAGAUAAAAGUAUCAGGAUUGACCGGGAUAAUGCAGUUUGAUGAGAGAGGAAGCCGUAACAAUUUCUCCAUCUUCCUAUCGGAAUACAACGGGUUCGAAAAAUACGCAAUAGGAAAAUGGGUUUCUAAGCCAGACUUCUUCGAUUCGAGGAUUCAGUUCCGGGACAGGAUCAAGCGUGGAAACAAAACCAUGCCUUUUCCACUUCGCGGACGAAGGGCAAAAGUUGUCAUGAUUAUAGAGCAACCAUUCACCAUGAUGAAACGUGAUUACGCUCUUCGCCAUGGUAAUGACCGCUUCGAGGGGUUCGCCGUGGACUUGAUCAAAGAGGUGGCGGAAAUGCUGCAAUUCGACUACGAAAUUUAUCUGGUUCACGAUGGCAAGUUCGGCUCUAAAGUUGAGGAUGGCAGCGAGGAAUGGAACGGGAUGAUUGGUGAACUUCUAGCGGGGAAUGCAACGAUGUCUGUGGCCCCGAUAAGUAUCAACUCGCAACGAGAGGAGGCAGUCGACUUUACUAAACCGUUUAUGACUCGUUAUAUAAGUGUCCUUAUGAAAUUACCAAAAUCUGAGAGGUCCUAUUUCGAAUUUCUGAACCCACUGCAUCACAUUGUGUGGUUUUGUACGUGUGGCGCCUUCGUGGUAGUCAGUAUAAUUCUGUAUAUGCUGGAAAAGAUAGGGACAUCUCACAAUAAGGAUUAUCCGGCUAUAUCUUUCCGGGAGAGUUUGUGGUUUGUGUUCGGGUCACUUCUUCAGGGCAGUACUGACGCCUCACCGUCCACUCUCCCCGGACGUAUACUGACCAGUGCAUGGUGGUUUUUUGCCCUCAUCCUUAUUUCAUCAUACACAGCUAACCUGGCUGCAUUCUUAACGGUCAAGAAGAUCAACGCCCCUAUCAAAUCAGUCACCGAUCUGGCAUCACAAACGAAAAUACAAUACGGCACUGUUAGAAGUAGUGGAAUAAUGCAUUUUUUUAAGCAGACGACAAUUGAGCAUUUCUCUAAGAUGUGGGCCCAGAUGUCUGAAGUCCGAGAACAGGAUUCGAUGGUUGAUACAACAGCGGAAGGAUUUGAAAAGGUCAAAAAGGGAAAUUACGCAUUCUUUUGGGAUACAACGGUCAAUAAAUAUAUGACCAUUAUGGACUGUGAAUUUAUGGAAAUUGGUCCACAUUUUGAUCCCAAGGGUUUUGGAAUCGGAGUCCCGCCUGGCGCCACAUACCGAGAGGAAUUAUCGAUGGCUAUUCUCCGAAUGAGUGACACUGGACUCCUACACGAGUUGGAAAAUAAAUGGUGGGGCAGACGAAAUUGUCCGGACUUUACCAAGCCUUCUGCGGACGAGACUUCAGAGCUACAAAUAGAGAACGUAGCCGGCGUAUUCUUUAUUUUAGUCGGCGGAAUCGUGUUCGCAGCAAUCGUUUGUGGAUUUGAGCAUUUCACGAAAAUGCUGCAUAACGCAGCAAAAAAGCAGAAAACGCCCCAGGCCGAAAAGGAACGUGAGAGCUUUUUACUGCCAACAAGGACGUAAAUAACCUUUCCUAUAAUGUCAUAUCCGUUCGGAUGCUUCCGGGUAACAGCCUCGGCAAUUGCUGAUAUACUGAACCUUGUUUCAAGCCAUCAAAUAGAGAUUCAACAACGAGGGAACAAAUUAAUUUCUGAAAUCUAAAUAGAAAAAGGCAUCAAAUUAGAAGAUAUAGGCAUAUGAACUGGUGGAAAGAGACAAUCUGGCGUUUAGUUGAUGCAUCAUUGAAAAUUAAGUAAGACGCGGAAUCUUAUUUAUUACAUUAAACUUUUAAGUGAUCGCAUGGUAGUUGAAUUUGUAAAAGUACCAUAUAUAUAUGAAAUGACGGUUGCUUAAACAUCAGCAUGCAUCCAGUAUGACAGGCUAUUCAUGUGUGUACUGAAUACUUUCUCGGAAAGAGUGUUUGUACGAAAGACAGUGUAUCACAGUUUCCAUAUUAUAUCACUUUAUGAAAUUGAGAGAGAACGAAUUCAAAUAUGGCUGUGACGUCAUGUUUGUAAUUAUGAAAAGUGUCAGUAGGAAUGAAAAUAUUUUAAGAAAUCAUUACUUCGUGGUGCGUACAAAAUACUUCUUCUAUGAGGUAUAAAGCAGCCUGUGACAAAAUGACGUUAUACAAUGUGAUAGGAACACGUGUUUGUGUGAAAGAACAAAGUAUACUAGGUCAGGAUUACGUCAUAAUGAAUGUUAUAACAUGAGUUAAUGGAUAAAAUAUGUCUGUAUAAGCAACUGGUGAAAACAGUGGAAGUAGAGUGGUAUUUACAGUCCAUGUAUUUUUAAUCCACUUGGGGACCCAAACAUGUUUAAUGUUGAAUUUGAUUGUGAGAAAUUGUUAAGAGGAGCCGAUAGAGCAUUCCGUUCAUUAUGAAGUACAUCAAAAUGACACCAAUAUAGGUAUUUAGUGACAGAAGUAACCAUUACACACUAACACACAGAUGAUCUAAUUUAAGACCAUGAAUUCCAACCCAUCAGAAAAAAUAAUAGACCGGGUGCUGAUACCCGUAAGGAGACUAAUGCAAUAGAUAUGUUUGUUUGAUUAAACAUAUGCAUAACAAAACGUUCUUUGUAUAUAACUGCUGAAAAUGAAAAUUUGUAUAUAGCUGUUGAAUAUAUAUUUCUAGAACGCGACAAAUAAGAUGAACAGUACUAUGACUAGGGAAACUAUUGAUAAAAUUGACAUGCGUUAUAGAUUUAUUAAGGUUUGCCUUCAGCAGAACUUUAAACUGCUUCACGAAGUUCUUUUACUUCUUAGUUUCAUUAAAUAGUCUCAAAAUAAGACAAUGUACCGUUAAGGUAUGACUGUUUCUAUUUAGUAUUUAUAUUUAGUUAUAACACUCUUUGCUACUCACAAUGAAUUGAACUAAUCAAAUCAGAAAUGAAUUCCCUGAGCUUAUUUGCUUACACCCGACCCUACUCAGAUUGACAAAGUAGGUUCUUCAUAACAAAGCAAAAAAUAUAAAUAAUUGUUGAAAUCGAGUUUUGUAAAUACAGAAAUAGGAUAUGCAACGUAAGUAAACAUACGUAAGUUGCUAUUUCCGUUGAAUAAAUUAAAUAUUCUACCAUUUGACAUUAGAAACAAUAUAAAUAAUUCCGUUUACCAGAAUGUGAAAUGCAAUGUCAGUUUUGCUACAGUGGGCAGGUAGUGAUAGGACUAGUAAAAAGGGUGUUAUUUCAUGAACAUAUUCAUGUCGCGCAACUUAUUCGCAUAGAGAUUUAACUCUGAAAUCACUGUGAACAUUGUGAGUAUUUGUUAAGCUGUAUCUAUCGUACUGCUGAUCACUGAAUUAUAACAAAGCGGGAAUCACAUGCUGCAUUCACUAGAGCAUCUUAUACAUUAUAGCUCUACUAUAUAACUAAUGCAUGUUUUUCUCGUAUACCAUUUUCGAUAUGUAACAUAACAUAGUAAGGUAUUUACGUAUCAAGUUUUAGGAGAAAACACAUAAUUUAGACAUGAUCGUUAAUAAUUUGAAAUUGUUUUGUUUGAUUAAUUCCUCGGGUGAUUUAACUCGAAAAUAUGUCUCGAGAUUUAACUACAUACCUGUAUGACACAAACAUCACCUGAUGAUUGCGUUCCUUUCCUAUUGUGACAACAUGUCAGUGCCUUAUGGUGAGGGUAUCUAUACAAGACGCCAUUUCGCGCGUUUCUUUUCAAGUGUAUCAACGGUUCAUCUGCAUGCUAAUGUCUGUCUGUAGCUUACCAGUACACGUCUGUGACGAUAGCCUGCUAAGUCGGUCCAGUAGGUUCCGUGUAGUCAGACCCGAGAUUCACGAUUAUUUAAUAACUUAAGGAUAUUCCUCAACUUGAAGGAUUGAAAGCUUUACAAAUAACUACAUUAACUACAUUUCCUUAAAUACUACAGUAAUUCAUUUGUAACAUUUUAAGUUAAGGAUUUCCUUAAGUUAAAGAUGUUCAUGAACCUGUGGCCAGAUAGUCCUAAAAUAUGUUCCUAUAUCUUGAGUAUUUGUAGUAGUACCCCUUAAAUACUAGUAGACUUCGGUGCUGUUUACCCUUUGUCCAACUUGGUUUUGUGGAAAUGAAAAGUACAAGAACUAUUACAUAUAUAUUUUUAUGACAUUUUCUAUUGCUAUAACCAGUUAAGUUUGCAAGUGUCACCAAUUACCGGCCCUUGUUUCUGAUGGUUGUCACGGACUCAAAAUUUUCUGUACUCUUACUAGAUCAGUACGGUCUAUGGCUGCUCGAGUCGAGAACAUUUCCACCGUAGAGUUAAUUGUAUAUUGGCUAUGCAGAAAUUAUCAUAAAGUUAUUUAAAAUAUUGGUGUAUUAUGUAGUAAAACAUGAGGCUUUAGUGAGUGUUUUGAUCAUCAUUUAAAAAAAUUAUACAAGCUGUCAAUUAAAGGAAAAAAAAGUGCGAAAAUAUUAUGAUUUGAAUUCUCAAAUGAAUUAUUCACCGAGAUUAAUACCGGCAUAUUGUGGAAUAUAAAAUCAACUUUGAUAGCAUGAGGAUUAAUGUUUUAUGUUCAAAAAGUUUAAUGUUCAAAUGUUUAAACGGGAUUCGUCACGAAAUUUCAAAGAUUUGUAAUACGAAAUUGGAUUGCGUUAAUUUAUUGACAAUUUCCAGAACACAUAUGAUGAAAAUGCAUCACAGACAUCAUGAAGUUAUAGCAGCUAAGUAAGAAUAAAUGUUAGCUGUUUUCUUGGAUCAUUUUCAGGAUAUAAAGUCAUCCUUGUUGUAGUAUAAGGUGUUGUGUGUUAUAGUGUUAGUUACCCUGUUUUAAGGCGUUAUAAUAUAUGUAUAUUUAUAUGAAAUACUGUUUCCAUUGUUACGAGUAGCCCAUUCUGACCUAUCUAUAUGUAAAUAUAUCAUGUACUGUUUUUCAUAUAAAGUUUAUUUGGUUCGUAAUAUAUUUAGAAAUUAAGUUUUAUAAUGUGUACAUGUUAAUGACUGUUAAGGAUUAAAUGCAAAUGUUGUUCUUGUGGUGAAAGAUUGAGAGUGAGCAUCUUUUUUAUAAUUAGGUAUUCAUUUUAUAAGAUCUUAAUAUCAUGAGUAUACUAUCAAACUAAUGUAUAUAUGUCGUCAAGUUUCUACAAAUUUAGUUCAAUCGCAUUCAUUGUUUGUGAUUCAUCAUGCAGUAUCAAAAUACGGUACCAAAGACUUUCCUAAAAUUCAAGAGGAUAACCAAUUUUAAUAUCAAACUUAAUGAGUUUGGGUUGUGAUAAAUACAAACACGUCUUUGUGAUAGAAUGUCACCGAUGUAGACUCGGAGUGGAAUUGACCUACUUCAGAAUUUCCUGUUUUCUUUUUCAUAGAAUUGUAUACCAAUCAUGUCUUUCAACAUUUCCAUGGAACACUUGCAUAUAGCAUCAAGUCUUGCCCAUAUGGCAGCUCAUUUCAACGUCGGACUUUCGGAUUUAUGUUUCCUCGUCACCUCUGCACUUUCACCCAUAAACAUAUGCCAAUGUUGAACUGUUGUGAUCAGUUUCUUCAAAAAUAAAGAUGUAUCUGAAAAAAAACAUCAA